AUGGGGCUCACAUCUCUCCCUUCACGCAGCAGAACCAUUUUCUUCAAUUUCUCCCAGCGAUGUCUCUUCACGGUCGCCGGUAAGCCCAACCCCACCGCCGCCCCCUACUCCGUCGUCUUCCGCUCCUUGUCCACGUCUCGUGCGGCGUCAUUUUUGCACCGGGAUCAUGGUUUCGUCUUGUCCUCGUUGUCGAGGUGUGUUUCCUCGAUGUCGUCGUCGGCCGCAUCCACUGUCUGGAGAAGCGACGCCGUCAAUGGCCAGGAGAACGUUGGCCGACUGGAGGAGGAGGAGGAGGAGGAGGAAGAUGACGGCGUUGGGGAGACUUCCAAGGCUACUAUCCCCGUUAGGGCUUUUUUAUUCUCGACAAGCGUGGAUUUGAGGAGCUUGGUGGAGCAUAAUAAGCAGAAUUUUAUUCCACCGUCUUCUCGCAUGACCAAUUACGUGGUUUUGAGAUUCGGUGAUUUCAAUCCUCUGCCUAAUGGUAGUAUGGAUUCUAGUUUAUGCGGAAGUCAGUGCUGUUACAUUGUAGUUUUCCAGUAUGGUUCGAUCGUCCUAUUCAAUGUCUGUGAUCAUGAAGUUGACGAUUAUUUGAAGAUUGUAAAGCGACAUGCUUCGGGGUUGCUUCCCGAGAUGAAAAAGGAUGAAUACGAGGUGCGAGAGAAUCCAACAUUACAUACAUGGAUGCAAGGUGGACUUGAUUACAUUAUGCUCCAGUAUUUGAAUAUUGAUGGGAUCCGUACAAUAGGUAGUGUUCUUGGUCAGAGUAUUGCUCUCGACUACUAUGUUCGUCAGGUUGAUGGAAUGGUUGGGGAGUUCACUGACAUCAAUAGGGAGAUGGAGAAAACUGGAAACUUUACAAUGGAGAGGAAAAAGCUCUUUCAACUGGUUGGAAAGGCAAACUCCAAUCUUGCAGAUGUUAUUCUUAAGUUGGGACUUUUUGAGAGAAAAUCGAAGAAAACAGAUAGAGGAGCAACGAAAACGAUGGCAAGUUCAGUGGAUGCAUCAGGAGAACCAAUUCCUACUUCGUCUCUUUUAAUGGCAGCAUCGAAGCAUAUCGGGUCUCGGUGCCGUGCGGAGAAUGUGGCUUUUCUGAAGUGCAAAAAAGACGAUCCAAACCCUGAGAAAUGCCUCGACAAGGGACGCCAAGUAACACAAUGCGUGUUCAACCUGUUGAGAGAUCUACACCAAAUGUGCAACAAAGAGCUGGACUCAUUUCUGUUAAGAAACGGCGUCGUUCUGCCGUCAGCGGACACUCCUCCAGUCGCGGCUUUUCUUGAAGCUCACUCAGGUGCAUACACGACCACUCGUACCCACAACAACGGCUCAAAAAUCCUAUUUUGGGAAAGGCAUCUACUCAGGCUAUCUAAUUCCUUCAUGUUAUUGUUAAAAGACAACCCCGAAUUUGUUCUCCGUGAUCACGAGAACCUCGCGCUCCAAUAUUGGGAGCUUUCGAGCCGAAAAAUGAUGUGGGACUCGUUGAUUAGGUGUUUAGUCAAUGAUUCUAUGGGAAAAAUGAUGUCUUUUGCUUCGAGUGAGAGAAAAUCUGGGGAAGAAUUGGCAGUCACGACUCUUUUGUGUGUGAAUACGCAGAAUUUGCAACUUUUGGACGGUGAUUAUAGUGAGGGAGAUAUUUCUGAGGUAUUGGAUGUCUAUUUACAUGUAGGCGGAUAUGUUCCUCCGGUUUUUGGUGUGUUAGAGAAUGCGGCUCGUCUGGCAGUGGUUGGCCGCGGAAGGAAUUUUGCAGGCGCAAAGUAUUCAGAAUGGGUCAGGCUAAGGAAGCAUUUGGAGAAACUGAGACCACCUUCCGUCACCGAACUAUUGUUAUCGAAUGAUGGUGAUCGGAUUUUGGAAGGCAGUUUGACAAACUUUUUUGUUGUCUGUCUCAAGGAAAAACAUAGAGAUGGUAAAAAUGAAUAUUUAAGAAGCAUUGAAGUCCAGACGGCUCCCUUGAGUGAGGGUGUCCUUCCUGGAGUUCUACGAGAAGUAAUUACAGACAUAUGUUUGAAAACUGGAAUCCCUUUCCGAGAAGUUUCCCCAUCAUGGUCAGAUCGUGAAUUGUGGACUGAAGCAUUCGUCACGAAUAGUCUUAGGAUUUUACAACACGUGGAGUCAAUCCGAGCUCCUAAUGUGUGGAAAUGUAUAGAAUCAAAGACUUGGGAGGAGAUAACAUGGGUCGAGAAAAAAUUUGAGGGUGGCCCAGGGAAGAUUACAACAAUGUUGCAGAAGGAGGUUUUACGAAAAGCGGAGAGUGAAGCAUUUUCAAUUUCCUCAUUUUGA